AUGAUGCAGAGCGCAAUUGAGAUUAUCGACGAGGAGCAGAUGAAGAAGCCAAUUUCCGGGAAAGAUGCAAAAACAUUCGAAAUCUAUGGAUGCGAGGAGGCCGGAAUUUCGCUCACGGUUAAGGCUACUGGGCAGGGAGGGUCUAGUGUUGGGCUUGAGGGUCGGAACAAGCAGAUGCAUAUGCUAAAACCAUGUGACACCAGCACCAGGAUUAUCUGCUUAAUUAACGCGGUUGCAGAUGUUGAUUUCAGAGACGAUGACGACUACGAAAGUGUUAUGGAGGAUUUGAGAGAACAAGGUCGACAAUUUGGUAACUUGGUGAAAGUUGUCAUCCCGCGACCCAAUCUAGAUCAUCAUCUGACACCAGUAGCUGUAAAGGUUUUCUUAGAGUAUGCGGAUUUGGCUUCCGCAUCAAGGGCCAGAUCGCGGUUUCAUGGCAACCGAUUUGGACCAAACCAAGUGGUGGCUCUGUACUAUCCGGAAAACAAGUAUGCGCAGGGCGACUUUGAUGCCUGA